GUCCACUGAAAUACGAGUAUCUGACAAUAACGAGGCGGAAAGCUUUAGCUGCAACCAACAAGCAACUGGUCUUGCUACCUGGCCUUUAAUGGACUCUGAUAAAAAUUAUGUAAGCAAGCUCACACUGGUCGAGAGCAAGGAAUUCCCAGACGAAUUUCUUCCAACAUAUGGCAGUAGUGACGACAUCUGCAUGCCACAAGAUCUAAGUUUACACGCCAAGAAUGAGUUUUCUAUUCGUGAAGUUUGCAAGAACGAAUACUCGAAUAUCCAUACCGCUGCUGGAAUUUGUAGGCAUAAAGCUGACUCCAAUGAAAUAUCAACACAAGAUAACAUCGGCGUUCUCGAAAGCACAGACGUUGUCAAUCAAUUUAAACACUUCCUAAACCUCUACCAGCUUCAGCUGCAGAAGCUGAAACAGCAUCAACGUAGUCCAGUAUGCAAUAGUAGUCCGACAGCAACGCCGGUAGUUAACAACAUGAUGCCGUACUUAUCCUUUCUGCUGGCAGCAUCCUCUAUCUCCCUACUGCAAUCCCCCCAAUUACAUUGCGCCAACUUUGCAGCUGCCGACGUCGACUACGCUGCCAUCGCAGCGUUAUCAACUGCGUCCGCCCGCGCGGACGUAAAUCAUACACGACAUUCAAAUGAACCAACGUCCACUGACAGAGGAGUUUUGACCAGUGAGGGCUUAUUGCCAACGGCGCUACGGCCCAAAGGCGAACGCAGCACACCCAACGGUUAUAUUAAGUAUCGCUUCAGCGAGGAUUGUGGCUUUGAGAAAUGCGGCUACCGUCAACGACAGUCCCACUUUCAUUGCAGUCGUGUGGACUGCUACUACAGCUUCUGUGACAAGACGCGUUUCGUGCAGCAUACAGCGCGUCAUGACCGUCUCGACACCUUAAUGGGCAACGAUUUUCAACAGUUUCGCGCAAAUAUGCAAUGUGCGUACACAGACUGCGCCUAUCAGCUUAACGCUAAAUCCGUGCCGACAAAGAGCUCGAAAUGCAGUGUUGCAAAAAAGUCGUCCCAUUUUCAUUGCUUGAAGUGCGUCUUUACUUGCUCGGACACCAACAAAGUGGUGGCGCAUCGACGGCACCACAGCAAAGUGGAGUACAUACGUUUGGCAGGCUUUUCCAAAGUGCUUAGUGUGGAAAACUGUUACCACCUCCCGAACGAGGUACGAAGCGGAAGAAACGGCACUGGCCUUACAACGUCGAAGACCGCCCCUGUGGAGUAUUCGCGGACCGGUGACGAGUUUCCGGCCGCGACCAAUUCCUGCGCAUACAACUUGAAACAGACACACUAUCAUUGCCUCUUAUGCGGCUGCGGCAUCUUGUCACGUACGCAACUGGCGGCGCAUAGGCAAAAAUCCUGCAACACCGCACUCAAUAAAACAGCGGCGGUAGCGCAUACAGGGACAGCGGAUGGAGCAACAACCACACCGUGAAUAAUGGCAGCUCCAACUAAUGAUGAGAGUUUGCGCUACGGCCAUUGAACCACCGAGUAAAGGUUAAAUUAGUGAUGACAUACCAUAACGCUAUAGCCAUAACCAUUGCCAUAACCGUAACCGCAUUUUCUUUCAAGCGUUUAUACCUGUGUCAUUACAGCGCACUCGCUGAAACCGUUCACAAAAGUAUUAGGGAUGUCGGAAAAACAUCGAUGC